AGGAGAGAUGUCAGUAUAUUUUAAAAUUUAGUAUCCGGACGUGCUGCUACCGGAUUGUGGUUGAUAAAGCGAUAUUAGCAACUAUACGUUUAUAGGGCUAAACAAAGGGACAUUGUUAGGGCUGGAUGGAGUACAACGCAGGAGGAUACCAGAAUAUUCAACUAGUCUCAUUUACUUGUAUUUAUUUUAGCAUUAACUGUUUCGGUCUAGACAACUUACAUCAUCGAGUCAGCCAGUCAUUGAAGCCAACCAUGGUUGCUCUGAGUUUAGCCCAAAGCUGACCGACAUGCACGUUACGAGAUGAUGCUUAAUCAUGACUAACAGCCAUGUUACACGAGGCUUCUGACAUGAAAUACAGCUUCCUACACCAGAAUCAUUCUGUAAAUCUCCACUAAACAUACAAAAUGCGCUGGAUGCUCCCUAAUGCCAGCUUCUGGCGCUCAGGUCGGACCGACCUGCCCACCCCAAGCCAUGUCAUCCCUUUUGCCGGUCGUAUAGGCGCCAACCAGGAGUUUGCUGUCGAUAAAGACACUUGUACCCAGCGAGAACUCUUGCAGAAGUUUCCCGAUGCAGCACCCUGGAUUCCGGUGCGAGAUGCCUUGUCUCUGAGAACUAUUCUCCAGCCGGAGCUGUGGAAGGCUGCUGUGACUGAAGGCAUAGGAACAUGUCUGCUGGUGUACCUGACCUGCUUCGUAGCCGUUGGUCUAGGGGAACUUGUCAAUACAUUUGCAUCUGGCCCGCUCGUCCCCAGUCUACUCGGGGCCCUCACGGCUCUGGUAUCUCUUCCGCUGUUUAUAUUCGCCGUUGGCCCUGUAUCAGGAGCACAUCUCAACCCAACAAUCACCAUCGCGACCUUCUUCAGCCGCCUCGCCACUCUUCCAAGGUCUAUUCUCUACGUCACCUUCCAAAUCUUUGGCGGUGCUAUUGCAGGCUGGCUUCUGCGGGCUAGUUUCGAUACAAGAUCAUUCAUCGUUCCCGGCUGCUACUUCGACACCAACCUCGUCUCCGUACGCAGCGCAUUCACAAUCGAAUUCACCACCGACUUCGCCCUCAUCUUCCUCUCGUUCGGCGUCGGUCUCGAGCCCCGCCAGCGAUCCGUCUUCGGUCCAGCUCUAGGUCCCAUCCUCGUCGGGUUUGUGCUGGCCACGUGCACCUUCUUCACGGGCAUCAGUCGGCCGGGAUUUACUGGGUUUUCAGGAAAUCCGGCUAGGUGCUUUGGUGCGAUGGUUGGGUCGCAUUUCUACUUCUACCACUGGAUUUAUUGGAUUGGGCCCUUGACGGCGGCGAUGGCGCAUGCUGUGCUGUAUUUGCUUGUUCCGCCUUAUUCCAGGGAGUUGACGGGGGAUCGGUCGGAGUCGGUUGCCUAAGACGAUGGUAGUAAAGUAAUGUUAUUUUAUACCUAUCUGUUAGUGAAGUCCGCAAAAUAUAUUAUCGCCUAUUUUUGUCCUUGAGUGGUGGUCAAGCCCUAAUCUACGGGUCAUGGAAAUGUAUAACUUAACGUUAAAAUAUAACAUGGCCAGAAAUAGUCAUUCCGAUCCACUUAA